CCAUCAUACACUUCUUCCCCUUCGUCUCACCUUUCACUAAGCAACUCAUCUGUCUAUUAUUUCACACUCCACUAAGUGCCCAUCGUUAUUAUCAUUUUACAAAAAAUGGAAGAGACUACCAAGAGAAAACGUGAUAGUAUAAUCAAUGAAUUAGUCCAUGGAAAGGAGCUAGCAAAUCAGCUAAGUAACCAUAUAAUUUUAUCAUCCAAUGAAACCAAUGAAUUCUUGAUUGACAAGAUAAUUUCAACCUACCAGAAAGCACUUACUAUGUUGAAUGUGGGAGAUGGUAAAAUGAAGGAUUCUCAUUCUUCUUUUACAAACGAGAGUCCCAAAAGUGAGGUCAUCAUAGACCAGGAGUUUAACCACAAUGCUCUCUUCAAGAAAAGAAAGAGCAUGCCUAAAUGGAAGGAGCAAGUGAAGAUUUGCACAAACACAGGAUUAUCUGAAGGGUCUUUGGAUGAUGAAUAUAGCUGGAGAAAAUAUGGUCAAAAGGAUAUUCUUGGAGCUAAGUUUUCAAGAGGGUAUUACAGAUGCACACAUAGAAAUGGACAAGGAUGCCUAGCAACAAAGCAAGUUCAAAGGUCAGAUGAAGAUCCAACAAUAAUUGAGGUUACUUACAGAGGAAGACACACAUGCACUCAUUCUCAAGCUAAGCCUUUAAAAAGGGAAUUUCCCUCAAAGUUAAAGUUAAAGAUAAAGGGUUUGGAGAAAAAUAAACUUCACAAUGAUAUAAAGAAUCAACUACAAACUAAAGGGACUAGUUUCACUUCCAAAGCAGAACUUGAUGUUAAAAGAAAGGACUUAGAAGAAACCAAAGAGGAUAUCUUCCCUUGGUUUUCUUUUCCUUCUCCAUCAAUUGGAUCAGAAAAUGAGAUAAUGAUGGAAUCAAACUUUUUUAAUUUGUCAGAAUACCAAUUAGGCUACACUGGAUUAUGCCAAAAUGGACCAACUUCAGAAUCUGAUAUCACUGAUACAGUUUCAGCUCCAACUUCGGUCACCAAUUCACCAAUCCUUGAUUUGGAUAUCUUGCUACAAAGAGGGGAUUUUGACACUGAUUUUCCUUUAAAUACCCCUGAAUAUUUCUCUUCUUAAAAUUCCCAACUUUCACCUAGUUAGUUGUUUAGAGAGCAAGAAUAGAAUAGUCUAUGUUUAAAAUUAACUAGUAUUUUGUUGUAGAUGAUACAAGGGUAAUAUUUUUGAAAACAUAUAUAUAUAUAUAUAUAUUGUGGAAAUGAGAAAUUAUUAGGUAAAGUGACACUAUUGGUUAUUUUACAAUUGUCUUGGACGAGAUGUAAACUUUGUUCUUUAAAA